GUCUCACGACGGCGCGAUCAAGCAUGUCGGAGUGCUGAACGUGAUAGAGACGUCCACCGAAAACGACUGUCGGGUUCCAGUGGAUCCACCCCCCAAAAAGAGACGCACUGCAAGUUCCGAGGUCAUAAACCAACGGUCAACCCUUGUUGCCCAACCCAGGAUGCAUGUUUCGCUAAGAGCAACAAAUUGCGACUCUGCUCUGCCCUGCCGAAAGUUUCACCGGGUCAGAUAUCCUUGGGGGCAAUCAUGUUAUUCACACGGUCAAGGCGAAAGAGCCCGGUGGUCAGAAAGUGGGGGUCUGAUGAGUUCAAGGCUGUUCUUCCUUGGAUUACCAAGCUGAGGCAGAAGAAUACCCCUUGGAAAGAUAUUCAACGGAUAUGGCUCAAGAAGUUCGGCAUUCCAAGAACGGUGAAUGCGCUGCGCGGGCAAUGGUAUCGCGCUCAAUGGGGCUGGGUCCCGCAGGUUGGGAGCGAGACAACGCCGCCGGCAGACGUCGAGACAACGGCAGAAACAGAGUCCUCGGAUGACCUCCCACAAGCAACGUCCUGCAGCCCGCAGCAGCCCUCGCGAGCGCGACGGAAAUCCGUGUGGAGUGUCCCCUCGAGCCCUGAGCCGGCCCCCACACCCGAUUCGGAGGACGCCCAAGCACCUCUCGCCGGCGUGUCAACAUCACAGACCCUUCCGUCGACCACGGUCGAGCAGAGGGCAGCGCGGAAGUCCCUGAGCAAGAAUCAAGAAAAUGCUCUGAAGAUUUCACUCGCAUUCAGUAAGUACUGGCUUCACGCCCGUGCCCCCUGUGCGGGCAUCACACUGACUCAGUGCCCAGUAUGUACUCAAAUAUACCAACAAAGACGGGCGAAAAAUAGACGCGAGAAAGACGCAGUCCCUCGGCCGUACGGCCGUAUCGUUUGAAUUGCCCCUCCAGGAAAGGGUUAGGGCCACGGCGUCGUUAUAAUCCAGCGAAGACUCUGCCCUCCGAUUCUGUAGCAAGGGCAUAGCUUUUGAACAUACCUGACCAGAAAGAAAUGUUGCUCUUUAUGGAGAGCGUGGUGGACGCCGGAAUGUCAAUGUAUCACUUGUUGCUUGUUAUCCACCCUCUUUUCUCGCUGUGUUCUUGGAUACCGGGCCAUCAUAUUAGGCUCUUUUCUGUCCUUGUUUUAGUUUU